UGUCCCUAAACUGGUCAAAGUGCACGUAUUGAAAGCUAUGAUGCUGAAUUUUAACAAGCAGGGGGCGUUUAAAACCACACAGAGAAAGACGACAGACUAGAGAACUGGAUGUUUCUACUGUAAAUAAAGAUCCGGAGGAAAACAAAAACUCAUACAAGUACAACAGCGUCGCAAAUCAAAGACCUACUGGAUCGAGUAUACUGUGGUGAAGGCACUGAUCAGAAAUGGGGUCUUUCAACAGAUCCAAGUAUGUGUAUUUCAUCUUGGUGGGAGAGGUGCAAUGGGGGUACAGCCCAGGGAGUAUAUGCUGCAUUGAAGAAAAUGUGUACACAGACCUGUUUUCUGAUACCAAAACCCCCCAAAAGUUACCCAUCAAGUUUAUUAAUAAAUAUAUUGGUCUUGAUGUGGACGUGGAUUUACUGCAGCCCCUCCAAGAGAAGGAAUUGGGUCUCCUGAAUUCCAUUGAACACCCCCCAGAUCGCCUGAGAUGUUUCUUGGAAAGAGAGCAGCUGGACUUCGCCUUGUCCCUUGAGAAAGACAAGCAGGUCUCAGUGGAGAUCCAUUCAGAGUGGUGCCAGGGUGUGGUUAGGUACAUUGGGAAAAUAAUGGACACAUCCUAUCCCUCGUACAAUAUCCCCAACACAUAUUUUGGGAUAGAAUUACAGGGUAAAGAUGAGGGAAAAGGGAAUACUAAUGGAUCGUACAAUGGAAAAUGUUGGUUUAAAUGCAAAUACAACUGUGGUAUCUUCGUGACCUUAACAAAGCUGAGAGCAGCCACUCAGCAGCCCAAGAGUGCCCCAGACACAGAGGGGUCAGCUGGGGAUGAGCCGGUGAACCCUGGGGAUCAGGUCCACUUCUUCGUGGAUGAGGCCUUUAAAAAGGGCCUGGUAAUCGGCCUGCAGAAGAAGGAUGCCAAGACUUACGCCAUGAUUGCCACAGAUGGGGAGCAGGGCAACACUAACCUGACCCUGCCACUGGACUGUGUGUUCAAGGAUGAGCUGCUGUCUCCAGCUGCUGAUUCAAACACUGACACCAGGAUGGACUGGGAGGCUCCUCCGAAGAGCAGCCAUGGGCAGAGUGGUGGAGAGUGGAAGUCUGAGCUCGUGCAGAACUCCGUGGUGGAAGUGAGUCUGGAAGCAGAGAGGCUCAUAUAUGGCACUAUCCGCUGGAUUGGAAGGCUACCUGAGAGAGAGGGCCUGUUCGCCGGGCUGGAGCUGGAGGAAGACAAGGGGGUCUCUGAUGGGUCCUUCAAGGGCGUUCAGAUGUUUUUUUGCCCCCCGAAGAGGGGUCUGUUUGUGAGGCUGCAGUCCUGCCAUCCUGACUCUCGCUUCCAGUCCCGCCCUGAUCAGAGGCAGGCGGCCACAAGGCUGCUGACAGAGGGGAAGGAGGGCGGCACAGCCAUUACUGGGGCCGUGCCUCCCCUGGAUGGAGACAGGGCUGUCCAGGUCUUGAAAGGGAAGAUGAGGGGGAUCCAGGGACAUUGCAACUCCUGCUACAUGGACUCGGCUCUCUUCAGUCUGUUCUCGUGCUCCUCCGUGCUGGACUCCAUGUUGUUCAAGAGCCCUGGCAGUCGAGAUGCUGACAUUCAGAACACCUUACGAGAGGAGAUCGUCAACCCGCUGAGAACAAAGGGUUUUGUGACAGCAAACAGUGUGAUGAAACUGAGGAAACAGCUGAAAGAAGGAGGCCACUGUGCCAGCUUCACCACAGAUGAGAAAGACCCUGAGGAAUUCCUGAGUCUCAUAAUGCAUCACAUCCUAAAGGUGGACCCGCUACUCAAGUUACAGUCUGCAGGGCAGAAGGUGCAGGAGGCGUACUGCUACCAGAUCUUCAUAGACCAGAGCAACAGCCUUGUCCUGCCCACUGUGCAGCAGCUCCUCGAGUACUCCUUCCACAACUCCAGCCUCAGGCUGGCAGAGGUGCCCUCCUGCCUGGUCCUGCAGAUGCCUCGUUUUGGGAAGAAGUUCAAGCUGUUUGAGACAAUCAUGCCGUCUCUGGAGCUGGACCUCACUGACCUCCUCUGCAACAGUCCCAGGGAGUGUAUUCUGUGCGGUGGCCUCGCUUUUCAGGAGUGCAUGGAUUGCUUUACAGACCAGACCUUCUCCAACACCGGCUUCAAGCAGUUCUGUGACAAGUGCUCGGAACAGGUUCACUCUCACCCCAGGCGGAGGGACCACAAACUCCCCAGACUGUCCCUGCCGGAGGGGUUCCGCUGGGGGAACGGGGUGGCGAAGUGGAGGAUCCCCAGAGAGAAGCUGGAGCUCUUCGCUGUGCUGUGUAUAGAGACCAGUCACUAUGUCUCCUUUGUCAGAUACGGACCACAGAAAGACCACUGGAUCUUCUUCGACAGUAUGGCGGACCGGCAUGGUGACCAGGAUGGUUAUAACAUUCCCACGGUGACCCUGUGCCCAGAGGUGGGCAGGUAUCUGGACAUGCCCCUCGCGGAGCUGGCAGGGCAGACACCGCGGGACAUGGAGGGCGUCGCCAAGCGGCUCUUCUGCGACGCCUACAUGUACCUGUAUCAGAGCAAGAGGAUGGAGCUGUAUAAAUAACAGGGAGGGAGGUGGGGAGGCUGCCCAGCACAGCAUCGCACAGCAGGGCAUCAAACAGUGAGACCUUCAGAUCAGAUUAUCCUAACCGUCAAAUUACAGAAACAGAGUGUUUUUUUUUUUUUUUUUUUUUUUUUUUUUAGGUUUGAUAUCUCUUCUGUUCUGCAGGACCCUAUUAUUUGCAAUACCACCCUGGUUAUUAAUUGAAUGGGUGGACCUUUCGGUAUAAAACACUCUAGCCACUAAUCCGUUGGUUGUGUUUCUGUUCUGAUGGAAGAGUUAAGUUCGCCCCAUCUAAGCUCGUUCAGUUAAAAAAAAAAAAAAUUAAAUUUGGAGCUACUUGCUUAUUUUAAAUAAAGAAGUUGGCAUUCCUAUAAAUGAUGAAAGUCAAGGGAUGGCUGGAAUCUAGAAAUGUAAUAAUUUAUUUAAAAAGGUACAUUCCCUAAGUAUGAAUCCCUUAUAGUGCGUUUUAUUUUUCUUUCAUACUGACCCUCAUAAUGUUUGCAGUCAUUCUUAGUGUUUGUAUUGCAAUUACUUAAAUGCUGUGUACUUUUUUUAUUUUUUAAUUUUACUUUUUGAUAAGCCUAGAAGUGGAGUGCUUGAAAUCCUCAUAGAAUACUAUAGGCUAGGAUGCUGUGCAGUACAAAAGGUGUUCCCAUGUCAGGGCCACAAUUCAGCUUUCUGGACACUCGAAGCUCCCUUAAGCUCUCUCAGGUUGUUUGUUUCUCGUACAGUACAGUGCUUUGAAAAUAUGGUCCUCUCCUUCAGUGGUGUGGACCAGGGUUUAUUCAGCACUCUAGUAACUCAUUUAUACUGGAGAUGAAGAGAAAACUUUCAUCUGUAUAUUUGUUUAAUGAUCAGCAUGAUCCAGUUUUCCAGUAUAAGUGAAUGUGCAAAGAAUGUAAAAAAACCAAACAAAGCAAUGUUCUGUUUGUAAAGUAUAGUGCCUUUCUAAAUUGCUAUUUUUGCUUUUUAAUUGUGCGCACAUUAAUUGAUUUCAUGCUUGAGUGGCGUCCUGGUAAAAGCUGAUAUCCCAUAAUUUCAGAUUCACAGAAUUUCUCUUAAUACACUCUUAAUAAAAAAAACUGUUUACUGGAAAAUGAGAAGAAGUUGAACAACUUGAUAACUCAACGAUUUCCGUUUUCAUGAAAUGGUUUUAGAAAUCGGUUGGUAAUUGUUUUUCCAGGCUACCCGUGCUGUGCAAUACUAGCUGGCAGUAAGCUGACUGCUCAUUGGAGUCGCUCUUUCAGUUGCUAGUUAAUGCCACAAUAGUAUGUAUUGAUGAUUGGAUUGGUUGACCAGGUGGUCCCAGGGAAGAGGCUAGACAGGGUUUCAGUGCCCCCCCUGGAGCAGUAUCCGCACUGCAGCCUGAUCAGAUGUUUGCGCUGAUACUUUUAUAGAUGCCUUUGGACAGUGUAUUUCUUGUUUUAUUUUCAUUUUGUAAAUGUUUACUCAAACUAGGGGGUCUCAGAAAGGAACAAUGGCAAGCAGACUCAGUACUUUAUCCUAGUUGUUGAAUCUGCUCAUGCAAUUGCACUGAAUGUUUUGUAAAGCUGUGUUAAUACAGUCUAUCUGAUUUUAGAAUUUUAUAUAUAUAUUUUAAUAUUUUAAUGUUAAAUCUAUCGAUGCAUUUCUAUAAUAUUAAAUGGGAUACUGUAUAUUCAGGGUCCAAGUGAGGAAAACUUUUGAGAAUAUGUUGGAUUUCCAACAAAUCUUUUUUUAAAGCCCAAAUGUACAAGCAAUAUUGAGCAUUUCUAAUUGUAGUGAACGAGGAGAUAAACUCUACAAGUUGUAGUAAUUGACGAGGCCUGCCGAUUGGUUUAUUUUAAAAUUUGGAAUGAUUACCUCCAACUUCACUGCACUGAAUAACAAAUCAUCGCUAUUAUACACCGUUACUUUAUAGAAAAAUACCUUAAAUGUGCUCUGUUUACUUCCUUUUAGUUUUUAUUCUUGGACACCUGAAUAAAUCUAGACGUUUUAAACUUGUUCCAUUUCACACCUCAGAAAUUAAAAGAUGAGGUGCAUUGUGACAUAUCCUUCGGCAACAGAGCGAUCCUAUUGGUUUGAAAUGUUGUGAUGGUGUAUAAUGUAUAAUACGCUACAAACACAAGGUCAGAUGAAUCCUCUGACAGCUGGACUGAGCAGUGAGGAUGUUCUGUGUUCGUCUGUGUCACUGGUGAGGGGUUAGCUGACUUCAGCAAUUCCCCUAGUACAUAUUUGAAUGUUUGCCAAACCCCAAUAUAGUUGUAAUGACAAUUGAUAAACAGUUUUAUUUUUUUGUGGUGGAAAUAUGAUUAUAUUCUGGUUAUUUUGUUUGCUUAUUCAGGAUGUGCGUUGUUUAAAUAUAUCAGAUUUAUAGAGCAUUGGUAUUAUGUUAUGACACAUGGCUGGUAAAUUAAACCAGUCGGUAACGGGAUUCUUACAAGUAGCCUAGCCCUUUAAAAAAAAAUGCAGUUCACUGUAGAAAUGUUUUCAAUUUUCGUAUAGCUUUCCUGUAGAUCACUCUCUUGUUUAAACGUCUAUUUAUUUAUUUCAUUUUCUACAGAUGUGUAAAACUGCUUGUACAUUUCUGUAGUUUUCUGCUGAUUUCUGUCAAUAUACAGGAUAUAUAGAUCUAUGAAUUGGUUAUUUUUUUACAGUUUUAUAGUUCCUGUUGAACCUGAUAUUAAACAUAACUUUUUCUUCUGUCUGUACUUGGUUAUAGACAAGUGGGUUAAUGGCUUAAACCUGAACAAGUUCUUGUUUUGAGGUUUGCACACAUGGCAACUGAUUGAUGACCUCAACACUGGAUCAUAGUAUGUGUAUUUGUAUUUGAAAGUGAUCUGUAUCAUGUAUGAUUAAAGUUAGUCCAUGUUGCCUGACCUUUAACAUUUACCCAUGUAAAAAAACUGUCCAACACACAGCAGUCUUGUCUGAAUGUUGAGGGUGUUAAUGUACCAGUUUUUGCACUUUGCUUGCACUGUGAUCUGCUGCUAGUGCUUCUCUGACUUUUUAUGAAAAGUGGGAAUAAAAUAAAAAAAAUACUUUAAAACUA